UAUUAUCGCAACAGUCGACAUCACAUCUUAUCUUCUCUAAAGGGAUCUAGCACGUUCAGUAUCUCUACUUAAGUUAUGAAAGAUGUUUAAUGUGGCCGAAAAAGUGGCUUUGGUAACGGGUGGCGCUCAUGGAAUCGGGCUGGCUAUCGUCCGGGAACUCUUGCACAACGGUGUUAAGGGCGUCGCGAUUUUGGACGUAAAUGAAGCGUUGGGGCAGGAAGCGUUACAACAAAUUCGAAACGAGUUCGGCGAUGGAAAGGCCAGAUUUCUGAGGGUGGACGUUAGCAGUCGACAAGAAUUCGGAGAGGCGUUUAGGAAAGCGGUUGAUAUUUUCAAACAGUUGGAUAUUGUCGUUAAUAAUGCGGGAAUACUUAAUGAUUUGGACUGGGAGAAGGAAAUUGGAGUAAAUCUUAUCGGUACCACGAAUGGUACCAUCUUUGCCUUUGAAGAUUAUCUACCAUCGUACAGAAGUGGAGAAGAAGGGGUCAUAUUAAAUAUCUCCUCAUACUCCGCUUUGCAUUGUCAUGCGAGUGCUCCUGUUUACGCAGCGACCAAAGGAGGUGUUAUAACCCUCACGCGUUGCUUGGGACGGUCAGUGCAUUACAAGCAGAAAAAUAUAAGAGUAAUGGCCCUUUGUCCCGCUUCCGUUAGUACUGGUAUAUCCUCCACUCUAAUCAGUCCAAGUUAUGUAGAGAUCCAGAAAAAUCACGAUUUCAACCCGAGACCCAUUCCUCAGAGCCCAGAGGUACUAGGAAAAGCGGCUGUUCAGAUUAUCCAAGAAGGAGAAAAUGGUUCCGUAUGGAUAGCAGAGGACAAUAAACCAGCGUACGAAAUAGAAAUUAGUUUCACUCGCAAAGAGAAGAAAAAUCUAGUGUUGUAAACCAUGGGGGAGAAUAAAUUGCUACUAAAUUCCUCGUA